CGUAAAUGCCGAUAUCUCCGAGAAUCCCGCGACCUCCCCCCAACCUCCCCUUGCAUUUAAGUAAACACUUUGUGACUCCUCACGCAUCUUCAUCGGCUUUUGGCUUUUUCUUAUCCAUUCGCAAUGACCACACCAGCUCCUUCGUUGGCGCAAGCCGUCACGCAAAAGAAGCCCGAGGGUAUUGACCUCUACGCUCGCUUCGCGCUUGCCGGAGCUCUCGGUUGUUCCAUCACGCAUGGUGGCUUCACCCCCGUCGAUGUUGUCAAGACCAAGAUUCAGCUUGAUCCUGUGACAUACAACCGCGGCACCAUUGGCACUUUCCGUCAAGUCAUUGCCAAUGAAGGCGCUGGUGCUCUGCUGACCGGUGCCGGUGCAACCUUUGCCGGUUACUUUGUCCAAGGUGCUUUCAAAUUCGGCGGAUACGAGUUUUUCAAGAAGCAAUCGAUUGAUUACCUUGGUCUUGAGACUGCAAAGGCCAACCGUGGUUUGGUCUACGCUUUCUCAGCUGCCAGUGCCGAGUUCUUUGCUUCUGUUGCUCUGUGUCCUCUUGAAGCUACUCGCAUUCGUCUUGUCUCUACUCCUGGAUUUGCAAAUGGUUUGGUUGGUGGUUUCAGCAGAAUCUUGAAGACUGAGGGUGUUGGUGCUUUCUACAACGGUUUCGGACCCAUUCUGUUUAAGCAGGUCCCUUACACUGUCACCAAAUUCCUCGCCUUCGAAAAGUUCUCCGAAGCCAUCCUCGGCACAAUGGACAAAUCUACAAUGACCCCCGGCAUGGCCACCACAGUCAACCUAGGCUCUGGUCUCCUCGCUGGUUUCGCCGCCGCCAUCGUCUCUCAGCCCGCUGACACUAUGCUCUCCAAGAUCAACAAGACCAAGGGCUUGCCUGGUGAGAGCACUGCUUCCCGUCUCGUCAAGAUUGCUGGUGAAUUGGGUCUCCGCGGUUCUUUUGCUGGUCUGCCUACGAGAUUGUUCAUGGUUGGUGGUUUGACUGCUGGUCAAUUCGCUAUCUAUGGUGAUAUCAAGAAGGCGCUUGGUGCUACCAGCGGUGUUGAGAUUGCCAAGUAGAGGUAUUGCGCAAAUCCAGACAGACAAAUAUUGUACCAUCAAGCAUAGAGACAAAAUAAACGUGAUAGGUAUCCAUCGAUCUGUCAGUCCAGUAAAGUCAAUCUAGAGUAAUGGCCACUGUACACUAUCUGCGUUGGCCUGCGAUACCUGAACUCAAAUACGUCGACGAUCUGUUCUUCGGUAAUAUAUCUGACCCACCCAGCUAGGUCGACACAGACGGGAACAC